UUGCAUGUGUUUGUGGUUCGAUCGGUGAACACGGAUUUUUGCUUUGGUGCGUUUUCGGAUGCUCAAAAGUUGCGAUUUGACGGAGAAAGUUUUCUUCAUAGCGAUUCAGGAUGUACAACUACGCAAGAGCGUACGCAGCAGCCUUUUCGGAAAGUUACAAAAAGGCUUGUGACUUGUUGGACCACUCGGCGGGAGGUAGCGGGGCGUGUUACGGCAACUACGGUCCCCGUUCUGCAACCGUCGGAGGACGAUGUCCGCACUCGGCUCGCGUCGGGAGCGGUAAUCCACCCAGAGGUGAUACCCGGGGAAGAUCGCGGAAUGCCGGUCAGCCCAUGACUGGCUCCCGGCGGGUGUCCCCAAGUGGAUAUGUCCAUCGCCAGAUUGAUUCCGCUAAGGAUGAGCGGAAUCUUAAGCCACCCUUACAAGGCCCUCAAGUCAGGAGGCUUUUCCCCCUUCGGCGUCAACUUCAACGCAACAAGGUUCGACCUCUCAACACCGACGGUCCCUCGUUGACACCAGAAGCACGCCCGCCCCGCCCUAGUGCCCGAGUCGACUCGGCCCGCUACGCCAUGUUUAAUGCCUCAUCGCAAAUCUCAAAUACCAACCGGGGAUCAGGCAACUUGGUCGUAGUCGGGCAGUCCUGUAAGCUGACAAACAUCAACAGCGACAGGACGAGCUCGUGUCCCCCAGUAGACGAUGAUGACAGGCCGUCAUUUGUCGUCUCAGGCCAGGCACGUGUCCCACCAAGAUCAAGGCCCAAGCGACCGUGGACAUCGAGACUUCGAUCCCUCUUUGCUCCUCGGAAUUGCGAGCGCAUGACCACCGUUCAGCCCUUCGUUACACCACAAGGGCAAUCGGAAGGUCAAGUUAGUCGACCUUGGUCACUGAAAGAAGACCACAGUGACCCAGGUCAAGUCAGCCGACCUAGGUCACUGAAAGAAGACCACGGUGACCCAGGUAAAGUCAGUCGACCUAAGUCACUGAAAGAAGACCACAGUGACCCAGGUCAAGUCAGUCGACCUAGGUCACUGAAAGAAGACCACAGUGACCCAGGUCAAGUCAGUCGACCUAGGUCACUGAAAGAAGACCACAGUGACCCAGGUCACCAGAGCCGGUACACCAGCGCUCUGAUGAAGAAUCGAGAAGUGAAGGGAUUUGGAGGAAAUGCAUCAACUGGAACAAUGCAUCGUCGGCAAGGCAGUGCUGCCAUGGCUUCAAGACCAGCCUCUUGCACCGACCAGCCACUCCCGAUCCCAGGAGUACCCCAAUUAGACUGGGACCAUCUGCAGUCAAGCUCUCUCUCUGCCCUGAUGACUGAUAAUCCCAUCUUAUCGCAGGAGCAAGAGGAGGUUACGAGCCUCAUCGUCAACUACGAUGAUGGGUCACUCCUUACUUUAACUCCCAGGGAUGAUUCCUUAUGCAAUUCGUCUGUCUCCAUCUUGCCUUCGUUUCCAUCUCAGAGGCAAGAACCAGCGAUGGAGGAUGGAAAACCAGCACCAGAUGAGGAAGUAGAAAUCCCUAACCCGGAUCCUCUGACGUCGAUCUCAAGAGGUGAUGACAAGUCUUCUGAAAUCAAGUUGACACCGCAACCAUCCCCAAUGCAAGACAGAGAAGGUGAAGACAUGACACCAGAUGACAACUCAGUGUCGAAGCCAGUCUUGCAGUCUCUAUCUACCGAGGGGGAUUGUGGGUCCUCUGAUUUCACGCCGUGCUUAUGUCUACAGGUUCAGGAACAAGUACAAGAAGAUCAAGAUGUAGCACACAAGAAUGCAGAAUCCACCUUGAAGUCUGUAGCACCUUGCUCUAUCGCAACAAGUGAGGAAUCUCCUACCACCAUCCUCAUUUGUCACCUGGAUAGGCUUCAAGCCGAAGUCGUUGAAGAUGGCAACAGAGCAUCAGAUCUUGAAGGUGCAAAUUCAAGACACGAACCUACAUCCCCUUCAAGACAUGAUGCACCAUCUUCCCCAACAACAUCAACCUCUUCCGAAACGUCAUCGGAUGAAAACAGAACCCCUGAUGACGGGAAACCAUGCACUUUUAACGAAGUCCUCAUCUCUGCCUUGCCCAGUCUUACAUCUGCAAUCUAUGAGAAGGAGGCUUUGGAGAGGAAUGGAGACGAAAGAUCUGAUGAUGAAGAAUCACCUAAACAACAACCGUCUGCAUCUUCAUCGACGAGAAGUGGUCUCUCCAACCCAGUGAAAACUUUUUCAAUGUCACCAUUAUCAGAAAGCACAGAAUCAACAAUCAAGCAGGAUGAAGACAUGGUAUCUGAGAAUGAAGGAAUCAUCUUGGAGCCUCUUCUUUCUUCAGAAAAUGAUACCACAUCCUCUAUCCCAAUGGCAACCUCGUCUUUGGCAACAUCACAACAUCACAACGAGGUGGGAGAAGGUGGAGAUGAUAUUGAUGGAUUGGAAUCGAUCUCGAAGCCAAUGUCUCCAUCUGAGCUCAGUGUAUCCACUGCAUCUACAAGCUUCUCUUCGUCUCAGAGUCUCGGACCAGGAACGGAGGAUGAAGACUUCAUCUACGAUGAUGAUAGAGAGGGUUCCUCAUUAUCAUCCAUGAGAGCUGCAGGCACUGCUAGUGAGGAAUUUCAAACCAAAGAAGCCAAAGAUAUAAUUCACGAAUUGAACCAAAUGACCUCAGCGACGGAGGACGUAAAGUCACGUAUUGAGUGUUUGAAAUCAGCCUCUCCAGCAAAUCCUGCCAAGAAACCCUCAAAUACCGAGGAGGCUAGGGGAACAUCAAGUACACCAUCACAGACCCUGGAGGACGCCUUGAGUCCUAGACAGGUGGCAUCUUCAAAAGAUUCGGAAUCGUCAUCAUCCAUAAUUGCAAGGAAGGAUUCCAAUGAAUGUUUGGAGGAUCUUGAAGGAAACGCUCAGAAGAGUGACGCAACAUUAAGUACAACAGCACAAGCUCGAAUGGACAUCUUAAGUCGUCAAGAGACUGCAUCUGCAAGAGAUUCUGAAUCUCCUUCAUCUGUAAUUGCAAGAACAGAUUCCACAAACCUUUUGAAUGAUCUUGAAGGAAAAGCUCAGAGGAGUGACUCAACAUCUAGUACAGCAGCACAGGUUCAAACAGAUAGCUCAAGUCUUCAAGAGGCUGCAUCCGCCAGAGAUUCAGUGUCUCCUUCAUCCAUAGUUGCAAAAGAAGCUUCUAACAAGAAUUUGGUGGAAACUGCAGGAAAAGAACAGAAGAGCGACUCAGAUCGGCAAGAGUCAACACCAGCUGGAAAUCAUGCCUCUUCAGUUUCAAAACUCUCUGAGAAGAAUUCAACUUCAACUUCAACGAGAACAAUUGUGCCUUUGUUAGAAGAAAAUCAGCUUUCACAACAACCGAACAUCUCGAAGACAUCACCUUCGAAGGAUGCAUCAGCAAAUGACAAGAAAUCAAGCAUAGCCAAUACAUCUCCUGCUAAGACCUCCCAAGCAACACAAGGUCCUGAAAACGGAAUACCAGAACUCACAGCUGUUACUUACCCGUCUAUCCAUCCUAGCGAGUUAGAGUUCAUUCUGUCUGACAGAGGAGGACGGGUGAUGCUUGGGUGUGGUAACUAUGGUGAAGUCUUACUGAUGCGUCGUCAAGGAGACACCACCCUGCUUGCCGUCAAGGUACUGACAAGGAGCUUCUCACUCUUACAGCAAGAGGUGGCAGCCAUGCAUGCGGUGAUGAACUGCCCGUACUUCCCCAAGUUUGUAGGAGUCAUUGACUACUGUUCGUACGCCCAGGAGCUAGUGGGUGGAGUCGGGAGGAACACGGCUUACAACUUCAGCAAGGCGCGGUACGAUUACAAUCUCUUGAACGCGUUAGAGUGGCUACACGUCUGCCGUGAUGUCACGGAGGGACUCAAGGCUUUACACGCUGCUGGCUGGCUUCAUAACGACCUACACUGCGGUAAUGCCAUGGUGUGUCCCAAUCCACCAGGCUCGGAGGUGGCUUGGUGUGGCAAAAUCAUCGACCUAGGUAACGCCCAGCGGACUUCGAAUCCAGGCCCACUGGUGAUCCUGGAAUAUGAGGAACAGAAUAUGUUCUACAAAGUUGCCAAGCAGUGUGCUCCCGAGGUGCUGGAAGGCAGAGGCACGUUCACCGAGAAGUCUGACAUCUACAGUCUUGGCAAGCUCUUCGUGGAUGUAGCCGGUGAUGCAAACAUCCUCCACGGUCUUCGUCUGCUGGGCGAGUUCUCCUGCAUGAGACGCAGCCCCGGUGCUCGCCCGACACUGGAAGCCAUCUCGCUGAAACUUGACCAUCUCAUUGCGCAGCUGUUGGAGGCUCACCGGCAAUCUUCCAGUCCUACUCCUGCUCUUCCUUCCUCAUCCUCUCCUUCUUCUAAUCAUCGUCGCCAUCUUUCUUAG